AUGGCCAAAAAGCGGCCAAAAGUAAUUAUGAGCGUCCUUUGUGUUGUCCCUAUUUGUCAUUAGAAGGCUGGGGCUUGUUGGCCCUUGAGGUCCUCUUUUGAACAUAUUAAGACCCUGCUUGAUUAGGCCAGUGGCCCAUCUAGUCCGGCAUCCUGUUCUCACAGUGACCAACCAAAUGCCUGUGGGAAACUUGCCGGAGCAGUGCCUGAGCCCAAGAGCUCUCUCCCCUCCUCUUGAGGUUUCCAGCGACUGUUAUUCAGAAGCAUUGCUGCCUCUGACCGUGGAGGCAGAGCACAGCCAUCAUAGCUUGUAGCCCUCAAUAGCCCCCUCCUCCAUGGAUUUGUCCAAUCCUCUUUUAAAGCCACUCACAUUAGUGGCCAUUCCUGCCUCCUGUGGGAAAGUGUUUCAUAGUCUAACUAUGUGCCGGAGGCCUGUCUUUUAUCUGUCCUGAUUCUUCCAACGUUCGACUUCGUUGGACACCCGCAAGUUCUAGUGCUGUGGGAUAACAACCUUCCUCUAUCCAAUUUCUCUGCACCAUGCCUCAUUUUAAGCACUACUAUCGUGCCACAUGAUCACUGCAGAUGGUGACAGCAGCCACAAAAUUAAAAGACACCUGCUUCUUGGGAGAAAAGCAAUGACAGACCUAGACAGCAUCUUAAAAAGCAGAGACAUCACCUUGCCAACAAAGGUCCGUAUAGUUAAAGCUAUGGUUUUCCCAGUAGUGAUGUAUGGAAGUGAGAGCUGGACCAUAAAGAAAGCUGAUCGACAAAGAAUUGAAUUCUGGUGCUGGAGGAGACUCUUGAGAGUCCCGUGGACUGCAAGAAGAUCAAACCUCUCCAUUCUGAAGGAAAUCAGCCCUGAGUACUCACUGGAAGGACAGAUCGUGAAGCUGAGGCUCCAAUAUUUUGGCCACCUCAUGAGAAGAGAAGACUCCCUGGAAAAGACCCUGAUGUUGGGAAAGAUGAAGGGCACAAGGAGAAGGGGACGAGAGAGGACGAGAUGGUUGGACAGUGUUCUCAAAGCUACCAGCAUGAGUUUGACCAAACUGCGGGAGGCAGUGGAAGACAGGAGUGCCUGGCGUGCUCUGCUCCAUGGGGUCAUGAAGAGUCGGACACGACUAAACGACUAAACAACAACAACAUCGUGCCACCUCUUCCCCGCAUUUUCUCUAAAUAAUAAUAAUAAUAAUAAUAAUAAUAAUAACAAUAAUAAUAAUAAUAAUAAUAAUAAUAAUAAUAAUUUAUUAUUUAUACCCCACCCAUCUGCUGGGUUUCCCCAGCCACUCUGGGCAGCUUCCAACAGAACACUAAAAUACAAUAACCUAUUAAACAUUAAAAGCUUCCCUAAACAGGGCUGCCUUCAGAUGUCUUCUAAAAGUUAGGUAGAAAGUCCCAAAUGCUGCUACCUUUCCUCAUGUGGAGGGUCUUUGCACCCCCUGAUCGUUUGGGCUCCCCUUUUCCGAGCCCCUUUUCAUGACUCAGCUGACCUCUUUGAGCUUGCUUCCCUCCACUCCAUAGCUGCCUCAUCUAAGACCCGGGAGACAAGCAGAGAGAGAGAGAGAGAGAGAGAGAGACGCAUAAUCAAUAUUGCUACUGUACUAAGUCCGGAAACAGAAUGCAAAUGAUUGAGUCCUGUGCCUGUGAUUCCGGGAAAGAUUUCUCCCGGUUCUUUCCCUUUGAAAAGGCUUAAUGAGACGGCAACACGGACAAGUCCAAAAGCCGCAUAAUUGCUUUUGGAUGGAUUGCCUAAGAGAGUGCAUCACAUAGGCAAUCAGAGCGGAACGUGACAUUACACAACAGCCUGCCACUUGGUUGACCCGUGUGUGUGUGUGUGUCCCUUGCCAAAUGUCUCAGGCUGGGCUGAUAGCCCACUUUCUUCUCUUCAUGCACAUUUGCUAGAUGGAUGCAUUUGUUCAGAGCAGGGAUGGGGAUCCUCUGGCCCAGAUCAUGCCCACCUGCUUGUCAUAGGUGAUGUCAGGCGUGGGGCCAGGAGAGAGGCAGGAGCCUUAAAGUGCACUCCUGGCUGUGCACUGGCAGGAGCUGGCUCUAUCAACUGAAGGGCAAUAAAACUGAAACCUCAGGAACUUCAAAGCCUCCGAAAGCACCAUGAGCAUUUUAAAGCAUCUGCAAGCACCACACGGCACUUUGAAGUCCCAUUUUUCAAAAGUAGCCUCACCCAGAGCACAUCACAGUAGUCCAAGCAGGGUGCAACUAACACUUGUAUCACAGCAGGUAAAGGUAAAAGGUAAAGGACCCCUGGACGGUUAAGUCCAAUCAAAGGUGACUAUGGGGUUGCGGUGCUCAUCUCGCUUCAGGCUGAGGGAGCUGGCGUUUGUCCACAGACAGCUUUCUGGGUCAUGUGGCCAGCAGGACUAAAUAGUAGUAAUAAUAAUAAUAAUAAUAAUAAUAAUAAUAAUAUUUUAUUUCUACCCUGCCCAUCUGACUAAACCACUUCUGGUGCAACAGAAUGCCAUGGCGGAAGCCAGAGCGCACGAAAACGCUGUUUACUUUCCCGCCACAGUGGUACCUAUUUAUCUAGUUGCACUGGUAUGCUUAUGAACUGUUAGGUUGGCAGGAGCUGGGGCAGAGCAACGGGAGCUCACCCCAUCGCAGGGAUUCGAACCACCAACCUUCUGAUUGGCAUGCCCAAGAAGCUCAGUGAUUUAGACCACAGUGCCACCCAUGUCCCUAAUAUCACUAUAUCACUGAUAUCUCAUGUGUAUACACACACACACACACACACACACACACACACACACAAAAAUCACUGAUAUCAUGUAUCACUGCAUGUUCUUAUUAACUAAACAGCACUCCCCCACCUCAGAAAAUAUUCUUAUUAAUGAUUCCUGUGACUUCAAAUGGAUGACUUGCAGUUUCUGUGGAUGGACUGAGCCAUUGUAGGUGUGUAUGUAUGUUAAAUAUUAAAAAGGCUUUCACUAGCCCCAGAUCUGCUCAGAUUCCAAGGCUCAAAGUGCUUUACAAAGGGGCUGGGAUCAAGACUCACAGUGGCAAGUGUGAUAAAUGAAAUGAAAUAAGUGCAAAUUCUUGAAGGCCAAGCAAGAGAUGGCGAUGUUCAAUGUUGCCCUCUUUUGAAGAAAGCUGGGGGUGUCAAUAAAGCUCUCCCCCCACCCUCUCUAUCCUAACAGUCAUCAUUCCCAGCCUUCUGAGGAGCAACUCUGCAGCUUUGCAACUCAGGACUGACGAGAGCCGGUUGCUAAGGUUCCUUGAGCACUGCCCCUUGGCCCUCUUCCCGGUUCCCUCCUCCAAAUAAACUUUGCUCGCACAGCUGAGGGUGGCAGGAACUUUCUGCGAGAGAGAAACUCCUCUGGAACGGGAGAGAAAAGCUCAUUGUUUCCUGGGGAGUCCAGAUUGUGAGGUACCUCUUCAGUGGUGGACGUGGCCACUUGGGAUGGAUGUGGGGACAGGGGAUCCUCAUGGGCUGAAUUUCCUAGCUGGGCAGUGGGUGAGGGAAGAAUAGCCCCUGCUUCCUGUUAUUUGUGCACUGAUGUGGCCAGAAUUUUAAAACAGCUGAUUUUAGAGAAGUGGAGAACUCAUUUCCUUAGUGGGAAAACAAAAGAUUUGCAGGGAAAUGUUGUUUGGCUUGAAAAGGGAGUGCCAGGCAGAUACUAAAUGCUGUGGAUGGAAUUAUGUUCCCCAAGGUCCAGGAUCAUAGCUGUCAACUUUUCCCUUUUCUUGCGAGGAAUCCUAUUCAGAAUAAGGGAAUUUCCCUUUAAAAAAGGGGAAAGUUGACAGCUAUGUCCAGGAUGCCAGGUGAGGAUGCCAGGCUGCAUAUGAACCGUAAAUUUUAAAGUACAUGACUUCCCCCAAGAAUCUUGGGAGCUAUAGUUUCUUGGGGCCUUGGGAGAAUUGUAGCUCUGUUUGGGGCGAGCUACGGUUCCCAGAAUUCUUUGGAGGGGCAAGUAAUGUGCUUGAAACGUAUGGCUUGUACGCAGUAUGAGUCUAACAUUAGGUGGUGGCGUGUCUGGCUUUUUAGAGGCCUGUCCUCUACUUGCAAAAGUCUUUUGUUAGAAGGACUGUGGUCCAGGGCUGGUUUAAAGGUAGAGAACCCUUAGGAGGGAGAUCAGCCAGGGUAGACCAGCUUGAUGUCUUCCAUCAAUAGUUAGCCCCACCAGGCCAACAGACUCAUCACUCAGACGCAUGGGGCAUCUAUCUGGUCACAAGUCUUCCCCACUAUGGCAUGAUGUACAGUGGUACCUCGCGUUACAGACGCUUCAGGUUACAGACGCUUCAGGUUACAGACUCCACUAACCCUGAAAUAGUGCUUCAGGUUAAGAACUUUGUUUCAGGAUGAGAACAGAAAUCGCACGGCGGCAGUGGGAGGCCCCAUUAACUAAAGUGGUACCUCAGGUUAAGAACAGUUUCGGGUUAAGAACGGACCUCCGGAACGAAUUAAGUUCUUAACCUGAGGUACCACUGUAUUAUUAAAUUAUAGCAUUUACUUGAGAAUGUAAGAAGGGCCUGCUGGAUCAGGCCAAUGGCUCAUCUAGUCCAGCAUCCUGUUCUCACAGUGGCCAAACAGACGCCUGUGGGAAACCUGUAAGCAGCACCUGAGUACAAGAGCACUCUUACCUCCUGUGGCUUCCAGCAACUGGCAUUCAGAAGUAUUGCCGCCUCUGACCAUGGAGGCAGAACAGAGCCACUUUGACUAGUAGCCGUCAAUAGCCUUGUCCUCCAUGCAUUUGUUUAAUCCUCUUUUAAGGUAAAGGUAAAGGUACCCCUGACCAUUAGGUCCUUUGUGGACGACUCUGGAGUUGCGGCACUCAUCUCGCUUUAUUGGCCGAGGGAGCCGGCGUACAGCUUCCGGGUCAUGUGGCCAGCAUGACUAAGCCGGUUCUGGCGAACCAGAGCAGCACACGGAAACGCCGUUGACCUUUCCGCUGGAGUGGUACCUGUUGAUUUAAGCAGAGUCUGUCGUGCCCAGCGGAAGGAUGAGAAUACGUGCUGCAUACUCUUUAUUGCUUUAUUUACAGUUCAAAGCUGGUAUAUUACAGAAAGACAUCUUGCCUCUGCAGGAGCAGAAAAUGCAUCCUCUCUCCUCGACAGCUGGGAGAGAAUCACACAGUGAAAAACAGGAAACCAGUGUACGUCACAUCCAGUCUCCCUUUCCCGUGAGAAACUCCAACAGUACAGACUGUGGAAUGUAAACACCUGUCUCGUGACAAGCAGAGCUGCACAGUGAAGGAAAGCAGAAACCAACAUCCUCCCCCUUUCUGUGAACAUCACUGGGCAGCGUGUUUGCACAAUAUCAGUACAAACCCAACUUCUGCACAUAGGUACAGUGUUGAUCCCUUGAUACAACCUUGGACAAUACAUCAGCAGGAAUUUCAUUACCUGGCAUAUAGGACACCGUUACGAGUCCCUUCUGAAUACAUUCCCUAGCAUGCUGCAACUUUAAUUGUAAGUGCUUUGUGCUUUGCUUACAACCUUCAGACUUCAGCAAAGCCAAACAUGCUUUGUUGUCCUGGUAAACCUGGAUUGGACAUUUGACAGGAAUUUUCAUAUCUUUGCACAAUUGUACUAACCAUUCACAAUCCUUAAGUGAAUAAGACAGUGCAUUCAGUUCGGCUUCACAAGUACUUAAGCUAACUGUUGUUUGCUUCUUGCAUGACCAAUCAAACAGACUCUGAUUGUACAUGUAGCAAACUCCAGACGUACUUUUCCUGUCUGUAGCGUCACUUCCAAAACUUGCAUCUGCAAAUAUCUCAAGACCACCAGACUUCUGAUUGUUAAAUCUCAGUCUGUAAUGCAUAGUGCCUUUCAAAUACCGCGCUAUGCGUUUCAGAGCUUUCCAAUCCUUGACACUAGGAUUGUUGACUUGUCUGCUUAGCAAAUUACAGCUAACAGCAAUGUCUGGUCUUGAACAUCUGGCAAUGAAGUUUAGCUUGCCUAGCACACUCCUGUACAGUGUAGUGUCAGAAAAUGCUUCUUCAGUGUCAUCUACCUGAUAACCUGUUGUCAUCGGUGUGUCUACAGGGUUAGCAUCCAUCAGAUUUAGUUUGCUUAACACAUCAGCAAUUUUCCGUGACUGGUGUACUAGAAUGUUACCAUCUUGAUCUCUCUCUAUUUCCAGAGAUAGGUAGUUGUUUACCUCACCAAGAUCUUUCAUGUCAAAGUGCUCUUUCAGUUGAGCUAGGGCGCUAUUGUACAUUGCAACAUCUUUCCAAAAGAAUAAUAAAUCAUCAACAUAAAACAAACAGUACAGUUUCUUUUGCCCCUCUUUGACAAAUACACAUGGAUCAGCUUUCCCUUGCUGAAAACCUAGAGAAAACAAUACUUCAGUGAGUUUUGUGUGCCAACACCGUGCACUUUGUUUGAGACCAUAAAGGGAUUUCUUCAGAGCACAAACAAAUCCCUGUUUUACCUGUACGCCAUCAGGUGGAAGCAUAUAAAGUGAUUCAUCUAGAGAUCCGUACAGAAAAGCUGUAUUAAUAUCAUGGUGACUAAUGUGUAGAUUUUCCUCUGCAGCUAGCUUAAGCAUAAGCCUAAUGCUUUCAUAUCUCACUGUGGGUGAAUAGGUCUCGUGAUAGUCUUCACCUGGUACCUGUGCAAAACCUCUGGCUACCAAUCUGGCUUUGUGUCUGACUAUCUUGCCAUUUUGAUCUGUCUUCGCUUUGAAGACCCAUUUGCGUCCAAGCAGUUUCCUUCCUGGAACUACUGGAACUAGCUCCCAUGUUUUGUUCCUUUCUAAGGAAUCAAGCUCAGCCUUCAUGGCAUUUAACCAUGGCUCAGCUUCCUUUGAAUCCAAACCCUGGAUUUCUUGGAAACUUGAAGGUUCAAAUACCUUCUUGGAGCUUUUAACAGCUGUUACUGCUAUCUUGGCAAACUCAUCAGCAAAUCUCUUUGGAGGUUUGCCUUUUGUGGCUCUCUGUGACCUACGAAUUAGCCUUAAGUCUUCAACACUCUCCUCUUCCUUCUUAGGAGAAAAACGACCUAUUGUGAACAAUGGUUCCUCCAAUUCUUGAUCAGAGCUUUCAGAGGGUCGCAUAGAGGCUUUCGCACUCUCGAAAUCCUCUGAAUCACCCGAUUCAGUUUCAGAUUCAGACUCAGAACCUUCAUCAGUGGGUGUGGGCUGUUGUGGUUGCUUUUGACUAUCCUCAGUCUCAUCACCGUCAUCAGGAUAACAUUGGAAAAUUCCCACAUUCUCCCCCACUUUGCAUUGUACUCAACACUUCUCGUGAGCUUAAUUGUCUUAGAGUCAGUCAUCAUUAUUCUGUAAGACCCUUUCUGAUAACCUAGAAAGAUACCAUGCAAUCCACGCUUGUCUAACUUGGAGUUUUGUGGUGAGCGAACCCACAUGUCAGAACCAAAAAUCUUCAUGUGUUUGAUGUAUGGCUUCUUGCCAAACAUCUUCUCAUAGAAGUACAACCAAUCGCUGAAGAUAACCUGCGAUUGUAACUGUAAACAAAACACGAGAGAGAUUCGGCCCAAUAACUCUCUGGAAGAUUGGCAUCAUGCAGCAAGGUUUUUAACCCUUGAAGCAAUGUCUGAUUUGCCCGUUCCGCAAGUCCAUUCUGCCAUGGCGAGCGAGGACUAGACAAAUCGUGUUGAAUUCCUUUCUCAGUCAGAAAAGCUUCAAACUGCUGAGAAGUGAAUUCCCCCCCGCGAUCACUGAAAAGAGUCUUUAUCUUCUUACCAUGUACAUUUUCCAACCAAGCACAGAAUUCCUUGAACCUAGGAAAAGCCUCCGAUUUCUGCUUGAGAUUGUACACAAAAAUAUAUCUAGAAAAUGCAUCAAUGAGAACCAUGAAGUAUCUAUUUCCACCCAAAGAGGGCGCUAGUGGUCCAACCAAAUCAGCAUGAACAACCUGGUAUGGUUCUGUAGCUUUCCUACUAGACACCUUACCUUUCGCAGCCAUUUUCACUUUGUUUGCUGCGCAUGCUUUGCACUUCAUGUGGUACCUGCAGGGUUUAAUAGUCAUACCUUCAACCAAGGCAGGCAUUUUAGAUACUGCCUCAAAAUGCAAAUGACCAAAUUUUCGAUGAAAAUCGUGAAUACAUUCUGCAUGCAAACUUUUGUUAGAACCUGCAAUGCAACAAGUGUCAUCCUGCACCACAUCAUCAUAAUACAAAACAAACAAAUGAUCAACAUAUUCUGCAUGCAAUACAUAAUCAUUUUUCUUUGUGAUGAUGCACUUCUUGUUCUUGAAGGAAACAUCAAUGUUCCGCUCAUUCAGCUGUCCAACGCUGAGCAGAUUAUGUUUGGCGUCUGGCACGUAAAGCACAUUCUGUAUCGAUAAGUCCAAACUGUGAAGAACAACAGUUCCGUAGCCUUUACUGGGAAUAGUGUGGUCAUCCGCCUGGUGAAUCGCACCUUCCUGCGGUGUAAAAGACACAAACAGUUUCUUAUCGUUGCACAUGUGGUGGGUGGCCGCUGAAUCAACAACGAAGAAAGAUCUAGACGUCUUCUGGACCUCUGCAGCCUUUGGAGUGAAGCGUGAAACCAUAGCCUUGUGCUGCGUUGUCCUAGACACCGGACCUUUGCCUUUGCCUCGGCCUUUUUCCGCGUGAUGAGCUUCCGCUGCGCUGCUCUGUCUUGGCCCUGGGAUGUCUGCAUUCCCUCUUCAUAUGGCCUAGACGUCCACACGAGUAGCAUUUCACUGCCUUCAAAGCUUUGGCGCCAUCUGGUGGUUCCACUGCACUAUGGGAUGACGUCUGUGAAGACUCCCCUUGCCCAUGCAGCUAGCACCCGGCGAUCUGCUUCAUUUAAAAUCACGGCAGUAACAAAGUCCACUGUCAGCUGAGCAGUUGGUUGCACAGCAAUCUGGGUUGCAACAGACUCCCAACCUGAACCCAAAGAUUGUAGUAUCAUGAAAGAAUACACAGCCUCUGGAAAGUUGAGUCCUCUCUGUUGCAGCUCAUGUCUCAGAUUUUGCAUCUUCAUUAGAUGUAAACGCACAUCUCCACCUUCAGCAAGAGCCAUAUUGUGCAGCUUGUUAAAGUAAAACAUAGUGGAUCCAGCUUCUGUCCUUAAAUGAGCCUCUCUCAGAGCGUCCCAAAUUUCUCUGGCUGAGGUCUUAUCACGCAAUAGACAGAGCUCUUCUGGGGAUACUAUCAAUGUAAGAGUUCCCCUUGCUUUGGAAUCCUUAGCUUCCCAUGCAUCUGUAACUGGAACUGGGGGUUCCUGUAAUCACCUCAAACAAACCCUCUUUCCGCAGAAUUGCCUCUGCAUACUGAACCCAGUCGCUGUAAUUUUUCUUGUUGAGCUUAGGAAUCCCACAAGCAUCCUGAAGGGCCAUCAUGACUCUGGCAUUAGCCUUCAGCGUCAUAUUUAUGCUGCUUUAAAUCUUGCUGCGUCACUGCUGCAGCUGCCUUAUUACAAAGGCACACUUAAAAGUUACUUUCGAUUUCCCCAGCAUAGUGACUUGUGCCUGGGAGCCUUUUGCCUAUUCCCGGCAAAACCGGCUUUAAAAGUUCAAAGUCCAGCCAUAAAGCCAUUAACUUGAAGCUGGCAGGCUGCCCGGAGCAGUAGCACAUACCUCAUCAAUCACUUCUACGCGCAGAGCAGAUUCCGUUCCGAUCCGUCCCUCUGCAUUCCGAUCCUUUGCCGGCACUCCGAUUCGACUCCUGGGCCCAUAACCACGUGUUGAUUUAAGCAGAGUCUGUCGUGCCCAGCGGAAGGAUGAGAAUACGUGCUGCAUACUCUUUAUUGCUUUAUUUACAGUUCAAAGCUGGUAUAUUACAGAAAGACAUCUUGCCUCUGCAGGAGCAGAAAAUGCAUCCUCUCUCCUCGACAGCUCGGAGAGAAUCACACAGUGAAAAACAGGAAACCAGUGUACGUCACAUCCAGUCUCCCUUUCCCGUGAGAAACUCCAACAGUACAGACUGUGGAAUGUAAACACCUGUCUCGUGACAAGCAGAGCUGCACAGUGAAGGAAAGCAGAAACCAACCCAAGCAGAAACCUUGGGUUACAGACGCUUCAGUGAUACCUCGGGUUACAGACACUUCAGGUUACAGAGUCCACUAAGCCAGAAAUAGUACCUCGGGUUAAGAACUUUGCUUCAGGAUGAGAAUAGAAAUCAUGUGGGAGUGGCGCAGUGGCAGUGGGAGGCCCCAUUAGCUAAAGUGGUACCUCGGGUUAAGAACAGUUUCAGGUUAAGAACAGACCUCAGGAACAAAUUAAGUUCUUAACCUGAAGUACCACUGUAUUUAUCUACUUGCACUUGAUGUGCUUUCAAACUGCUAGGUGGGCAGGAGCAGGGAGCGAACAACGGGAGCUCACCCCAUCGUGGGGAUUCGAACCGGCGACCUUCUGAUCGGCAAGCCUUAGGCUCUGUGGUUUAGACCACAGUGCCACCAGCAUCCUCUUUUAAAGCUGUCCAAAUUGGUGGCCGCUUCCAAAUUUGCAUCAGAUGGUGUGCUUGCAGAGCGCCGGAACACGAGAAGCUGUCCUGUGCAGAUCCUGUCCAUUGGUCCAGAUAGCUCAGUAUUGUCUGCACGGUCUGGCAGUGGUUCUUCAAGGUUUCAGGAAGGGGGUCUCUCCUGGAGAUGCUCAGGAUUGAACCUGGGAACUUUCCCAUCAUGGUCUUUCAUCUUCGUUGACAAUGGAAGGCUGGUGGGCAAAAGCUGUUCAUUGCAGCAGCUGAGAAGCUUUUGCAGCAAAGUGCUUGGAGGAGGUGCAGGAUAUGAGAACCUUAUGGCAACCUGGGAGCCUUUUAUAACAUUUAGCGUUAGACAAAGUGGCAAUUUAAUACCUCUGGAGUCCCAGGAGUCUUUUGGGAAAGAUUUAUUGCCACCGCUACUUUCAUUGCUAUCUAAGGACACAUGAUCUAUGCCAUAUAUUUAAAGCACUAUUAGGCUACUUUAACAGUCACAGAGAAUCCUGGGAACUGUAGUUUGUUGCAGGUCUUGGGAACUGUAAGGUCUGCGGGGUCAGCACCCGUAACAAGCUACAGUUCCCAGAAUUCUUGGGUGGUGGUGGGGAACCAUGACUGUUAAAGAGUGCUUUAAAUGUAUUGCAUAGAUGUGACCUUGGUUACUUUCCUGCCUUUAGUAAUCUAGGUCUUUUGAAUUUGCAAAUAACAGGCAUUGUUUGGUUGUUUUAAUUAAUUUAAAUUCAGUUUUUAAAACCAAUAAAUCAGUAUUGGGAAGGAGUGCAUUGGAAUUCUGGCUAGGACAAUCAGAAGGUGUCUUAUACUGAACCAGGCCAUUGACUUCCCAGGAUUUCUUCUUGGGUUGUUGGUUGCACAGGCUGACACAGCUGUGACUCUCUCAGUGUGUAAAGACCAGACCUUGAUAAGAGCUUGCAGAUCUGUUCACAGUUCUUAGCCCGGCUGCUAUGGUUUUGCUCUACCUCCACAGCUGCAGGCAGUAACACUUCUGAAUAUCAGUUGCAGAAGCCACAGAAGGACAGAGGGCUCUUGUGCUCAGGUCUUGCUUGCAGGCUUCCCAAGAGGCAUCUGGGUGGCCACUGUGAGAACAGAAUGCUGGACUAGGUGGGCACUGGCCUGAUCCAGGAGGGAUCUUCCUUUGAUCUUAUGUUUGAAGGCCAGAGCAGUUUCAACAAGGAGUCCAGUUCACCAAUGGUGUGGUAUGCUCUCCCUUGGUGGAGAUCGUCACGCAGUCAACUGUGCUUGGCAAACAACAACAACAAUUUAUUAUUUACCGUAUUUUUCGCUCUAUAAGACGCACUUUUCCCCCUCCAAAAAUUAAGGGGAAAUGUGUGUGCACUUUAUGGAGCAAAUGCAGGCUCCAUGGUUUCAGCGAAAGCAACACAAAGCCUCCAAAGCGCAGUGGGAGCACUCCUGCCGUGCUCCAGAGGCUUCGCGUUGCUUUCGCUGAAGCCAGGAGAGCAAGAGGGGUCAGUGCACACCGAUCCCUCUUGCUCUCCUGGCUUCGCUUCGCUGGCGAGGCACUGCGCAGCUUUCCCUCUCUGUGCAGCGCCCCUUCAGCAAAGCGGGAGGAGAAAGGGAAGGGGCUUCGUUUCUCCUGCCGCUUCGCUGAAGGGGCACUGCGCAGAGAGGGAGAGAAUUUUUCCCCCUUGUUCUCCCCCUCUAAAACUAGGUGCGUCCUAUGGUUGGGUGCAUCCUAUAGAGCGAAAAAUCCGGUAUACUCUGCCCAUCUGGCUGGGUUUCCCCAGCUACUCUGGGCGGCUCCCAACAGACUAUUAAAAACACGGUAAAAUUAAAAACAUGAUAAAACAUAAAGCAUUAAAAACUUCCCUAAACAGGGCUGCCUUCAGAUGUCUUCUAAAAGUCGGAUAGUUGUUUAUUUCCUUGACAUCUGAUGGGCGUUCCACAGGGCGGGUGCCACCACCAAGAAGGCCCUCUGGCUGGUUCCCUGUAACUUCGCUUCUCGCAGUGAAGGAACCGCCAGAAGGCCCUUGGAGCUGGACCUCAGUGUCCGGGCUGAACAAUGCGGGUGGAGAUGCUCCUUCAGAUAUACUGGGCCGAGGCUGUUUAGGGCUUUAAAGGUCAGCACCAACAUUUUGAAUUGUGCUCGGAAACGUACCGGGAGCCAAUGCACUAGGUCUUUUAUUUCCAUCACCAAGCAUUCCAGCUAACCUCCAUCUCUCCACUUCUGUGUUUUAGGCAAUCUCCAUGACAGCAACAGGGGACCAUUUUGGUGGCAGGGAUGGAAAACCAUUCCACGUUGUGACGCCUGUCCUGGAGAGCAUCGCCCUUUCCGAAGCUGCGGGCACCAAAGUCUAUAUGAAGAUGGAGAAUGUCCAACCCGCGGGUUCCUUCAAAAUCCGGGGCAUUGGCUACUUUUGCCAACAGGUGAGUGGCUGCCAAGUACCCUGGAAGUUCCUUUGCGGAAGAACAGCAGCUUUGAUUAUGGGCAGCUCCCCAACACAAAACAGCUGAUCUUUUAAAAAAUCAACCAACAAGGCAAUGUGGUGUAGUGGUUAGAGUUUUUGGCUACAAGCUGGGAGACCAGGGUUCAAAUUUUCACUCAGCCAUGAAGCUCACUGGGUGAACAACUCAGCCUAACCUAUCCUUCCCGGGUUGUUGUGAUGAUGAUGAUGAUGAUGAUGAUGAUGAUGAUGAUAAUAAUAAUAAUUCAUUUAUUUACACCCCGCCCAUCUGGCUGGGCUUCCCCAGCCACUCUGGGCGGCUUCCAACAAAAUAUUAAAAUACAAUAAUGCAUCAAACAUUAAAAGCUUCCCUAAACAGGAUAAAAUGGGAGAGGUAGGUAGAGAACCACAUGAACUCCUUGAAGGAAAGGUGGGAUAAAAAGGUACUAAAUAAGUGCAGAAAUAAAUAAUAAACUACGUAAGAGAGUCACAAAUAUGGGGAUCCAACCCUGCAAUGGCCCAGGAUAACAAACUCUGACCCAUAUCUGCUCAGGCAACACUGUUACAGGGCUUAGUAACACGCGGCACACUGUGCUCAUUUGCAAGCUUAUCUUCCAACCUGAUGUAUAUUAUCACAGUAACACAAUGUCCUAUCUGCAUGACACAAAUAGAACAUGCCAAAAUAAAUAAAAGGACACAUUUUUGGCUCAGAAAUGGCAACAUUCAGAAACCAGGGGAAGAAAAAAAAGGGGGAAAGGGGGAAAAAGAAACCAGAGGAAGGUUGUUUAAAUCACCCAGGAGGAGAAACUGGGCUCAGCCCUAGAAUCAUAGAAACUGUGGAGCUGUAAGGGACCCAAGGGUCAUCUAGUCCAACCCUCUGCAGUGCAGGAAUCGCUGCUGUCAUUUCAUCUAAAUAGAGAGCUUCCUGUGCUUCUAAUAAUACUCUCCAAGUUUCCAUAUGGAAUUCUCCUCCAGAUCAAUGAAUUCUCACACCUUCCCCUCUCUCAGACUGAACUCCCUCUCCUGUUCAUUUCAGGUUGCUAAAAAGGGCUGCCAACACCUGGUUUGUUCAUCAGGUAAGUAAAUAUCCAUGUGCCUUUUCGGUCCUUCUUUCAACUUCCUUUUUUUAAUAAUAAUUUUUAUUAAUUUUAACAUAUUAAUUAUCAUAAUACAACAAAACUUCACAUCUUAUACAAUCUUUUUGGACUUCCAUCAGCACCUCUGAUGAUCCACCAUUCUUAUCAUUUCUUAAAUUCAUAAUGCCUUUAAUUAUCUUAACUAACAAUUCUCCUCUUUAUCCAUUGUUGCAAUAAUUCAAAUAAUUCACCUCACAAAACUUCUUGCAAACCUACAAACGUAAUCUGAUCAUCACAGUUACUUUUCAAAUAGUCCGUAAAUUUACACCAGUCUUCUGUGAAUCUCUGGUCCUGCCGGUUUCGAAUUCUUCCUGUUAAUUUAUCUAAUUCUGCAUAGUCCACGGUCCUUCUUUCAACUUCCAAUGUUUCUCUUGUAAUUGUCAGGAAAGCCCAAAACAACGCACUGUGUGUGACUUAGUUACUCCUCUUGACCUUGAUUCAGUUUGUACGGUGUAUUCAGAGGGCCUGCCCUGCCAUUAGGCCAAACGAGAUGACUCCAAACUCAGGUGGCAGAUGCAGAUGUGGUGGUGAUGGUGGCAGCCCCCUGGCUAUUCCUCCCAAUUGCCCUGACCCAUCUGCACUAUACAUUUAAGGCAGUAUCACCUCACAUUAAGCAGUCAUGGCUUCCCCCAAAGAAUCCUGGGAACUGUAGUUUGUUAAGUGUGCUGAGAGUUGUUAGGAGGCCCAUAUUCCCCACCCAGAGCUACAAUUCCCAAAGUGGUUUAACAGCCAAUCCCUCUUCCCAGAGAACUCUGGGAAUUGCAGCUCUGUGCGAGGGAUAGGGGUCUCAUAUCAAUUCUUUAAAAACUACAGUUCCCAUAAUUCUUUGAAGGAAGCCAUCACUAUUCAAAGAGAUAUCUUAUAGCAGAAAUCACUGGGUUAAAGCUGGACCGAAAGUCCAGAGGUAGCAUUAUUAUCAAUUUACGAUGGGGUGGAAGGUUCUCAGGCUAUGAAGGACUUGUUCACAAAUUUAUUGACAGCUGCACGAAUUAUGAUAGCUAGGAACUCAAAGGGGCAAGCAGAAUAUAAAACAGAAGAAUGGUAUAAAGAGGUGUGGGAUAUAGCUAUUAAUGAUAAAUUAACAUGUGCCAUUAAGAUAAGAUGGGGAAUAUGCAGGAGAAAUGAUUUUGAGGAGAGAUGGAAGGUGUUUGUAGAAUUUGUACUGUUAAAAUGGAAAGGGUCAAACCAUUGCAAGUUGUGUUGAAAUUUUGUGACGUUGGAUUGUUACAAUGGCAUGGUCUCGGUGGCGGGGUGCACAUUUUUAUUCUUAUUUAUUUAUGAUUAUUACUUUGUCAAAAAAAAAGAAAAGAGGUGUCUUAGUGUAAAAUGGGGUCAUAUCCUCCCUUGGCAUAAUGAGGGGUGAGGAGUGGGCAGCAGUGCGUGUGCCACAUGCCCCCUGAGCUAGUCUGGGGUCCUCAGGUACAACAUAGGCAGCUCUCCUGUGGCCAAUAUUGAAGGUGCCCUGUGUUGCACCAAAACUGUACUUCAACUCUGGUGGAAAUGUUUUCCUCUUCCCUGCUGCCACUCAUUCCUCGCAGGUGGCAACGCUGGACUUGCUGCAGCGUAUGCUGCUCAAAAACUUGGCAUACCUGCCACCAUCAUCGUCCAUGGAAGUACUCCACUGUCGACGGUGAAUAAACUAAAGAAGUUUGGUGCAGAGGUGGAGAUCUUUGGGAAGGUGAGUGGAGGAACAUGUGCCGAAUGCUUCUGAAUCACGGGUAAGGCUGGAGCAGACCUGGUGCCACCGCCGGGCACACUUGGGCAGUUGCCAGUGCCCAAGCACACUGGGAGGACCCAUCCCUGAUGCCUAACCUGGGUGGCAGGGGGGCCCAGUGAAGGAAGAAGCCCUCCAGGACAAUUGCCAUGGGUCCCCUCAUCCCCAAAGCUGGUGCUGAAUUGGAUAAUAAUAAUAAUAAUAAUAAUAAUAAUAAUAAUAAUUCUUAUUUAUACCCCGCCCUCCCCAGCCAAGGCUGGGCUCAGGGCGGCUAACAAGCAAUAAUAAAAACAAGUUGAAUGAAUACAAUUCAAAAACAAAAUUAAAAUACAACAUUAAAAUAUUGAAAUAUUAAAAUGUAGUCUCAUCGCAGGAGGAGAAAGGAAAAGAAAAAAGAAAGAGGGGGAGGGAAUCAAAUUGGCUCCAAGCCAAAGGCCAGGCAGAACAACUCUGUCUAACAGGCUCUGCGGAAAGAAAUCAGAUCUUGCAGGACCCUGGUCUCAUGAGACAGAGGUUUCCACCAGGCCGGAGCCAGAGUUGAAAAGGCCCUGGCUCCGGUUGAAGCUAAUCUAACUUCCUUAGGGCACGGAACCACUAGGGUGUUGCUAUUUAUGGACCUUGAGGCUCUCCAUGGGGCAUACCGGGAGAGGCGGUCCCGUAGGUACGAGGGUCCUAGGCCGUGAAGGGCUUUAAAUGUCAAAACCAGCACCUUAAAUCUGACCCUGUACUCCACCGGGAGCCAGUGCAGUUGGAAAAGCACUGGGUGAAUAUGCUCCCAUGGCAGAGACCCCGUGAGGAGCCUCCCUGCAGCAUUCUGCACCCGCUGGAGUUUCUGGGACAGCUUCAAGGGCAGCCCCGCGUAGAGCGAAUUACAGUAGUCAAUCCUGGAGGUGACUGUCGCAUGGAUCACUGUGGCCAAGUCAAGGUCUCCUCUCAUUUCAGUGGAGGUCUUCCUGUUUCUUGUUCCGGCAGGUGUGGGACGAUACUGAAGAAAGAGCCAAGAGGCUUGCUGAAGCUGACGGCUGGGUCAAGAUCCACCCUUUUGACCACCCAUUGGUGUGGUAAGGUCCUUGGGAAGUACAUUUUGGGAGAAAAUCCCCUUUGUGGGCCCAAUACAGAGGCUCAUGCCAGAUUCCUAAUUUGUCAGACUUUAUUCAGUACAGUGGUCCCUUGCUUCUCAAACAUAAUCUGUUCCGGAAGUCCGUUCCAAAACCAAAGCUUUCCAAAACCAAGCACGCUUUCCUGUAGGAAGUAAUGCAAAAUGGAUUAAUCCGUUCCAGAGUUUUAAAAACAACCCCUAAAACAGCAAUUUAAUGUGAAUUUUACUAUCUAAUGAGACCAUUGAUCCAUAAAAUGAAAGCAAUAAACAAUGUACUGAAGUCACUCAAUCAAUCAAUCAAUCAAUCAAUCAGUAGCUCAACUGGGUUCCACACAGUCACAAAAACAAAACAAAAAGAGCCACAAAAACAAAAAUGCAAAAUAAAUAGCAAAAACAGACCUCAGUGUAACACUCAAAAUGGAAGUGUGGCACUCAAAACAGAAAUAUGGCACUCAAAAAGGAGCAUGUUCGGCUUCCGAAAACAGUUCGCAAACCAGAACACAUACUUCCGGGUUUCCAGUGUUUGGGUUCCAUGUUGUUGAGUUCCAAGGUGUUUGAGAACUAAGGAACCACUGUAACACAUUUCUGGACAGAGUCCAAAGGAGUCUGUGAGAGCAGUCCCAUUAGCACACACUCUACUUAGGAAUAAAUACAUCAUAUUGGCUGUUUAUUCUCUAGCCAAUCCCCUUCUGCCACUCUGGCACCUCAUAAUCCAUGGGUAGGCAAACUAAGGCCCAGGGGCCGGAUCCAGCCCAAUCACCUUCUAAAUCCGGCCUGCGGACGGUCCGGGAAUCAGCGUGUUUUUACAUGAGUAGAAUGUGUCCUUUUAUAUAAAAUGCCUCUCUGGGUUAUUUGUGGGGCAUAGGAAUUCAUUCAUAUUUUUUAUCAAAAUAUAGUCCGGCCCCCCACAAGGUCUGAGGGACAGUGGACCGGCCCACUGCUGAAAAAGUUUGCUGACCUCUGUCAUAAUCUCUUCAUCCAACCAUAGUCCUUAAAAACACUUGCGCAACCCAAGUUUUUUGCUUUGCGUGAAGAGCCCUCCUGGUCCCUUAUUUGGACUUGAUUUGCACUCCGUCAGAUAGGUUCCUCCUAAACUGGUUCUUACCCGUUUUGUAUUUAGGAUGCACUCUUGUGUACCUGAAACUGACCUCACCGAUAAUGUGUUUUGCAGAAUUUCCACCUUAGAAUCCAUAAGGGGUUGUUGUGUACUGGGCUCUCUGUCAAGUAGAUGGGACUCUCCACACCCAUCUAACUCAAGAGUCCUUGUUGGGGACAUAGAGUUGUGCCCUUUCCACCUACUGCUGGGGCCCAGUUGGUCCAAUUUCUAUUGGUUCCAAAACAAACGAGGAACAAACGGGUAGAAAGGGUCGUGCUUUAUGUCCUUGCUGUUUGAGCUCAUUCAUUCUUUAUUUCCCCUAAAUGCUAUAUUUUGUUGUGAUCAGCACCUUGGAGAGGGACCUAGGGGUGAGUUUCAGGACCAUGGAUAGCGAUCCUUAAGCUGAGGUACAAGAUACAAGUUGUCUCAGCACUGUCCUGGAACACCAGGAAGAUUUUUAUAACCUGCCUCGGGCGGUAGAUACUGGGGGACAGGGAGCAGUGACAAGGUGUCAGAGGAUGGAACUGUGUGUGCCAUGUGGAUUCCACUGCACUCCCUUAAAUACGUUUCUGUCCUCAGAGAUGCGGCAAGUCCCCCAUGAAGCCUUUAGGACUUUUUAGUUUGAAGGAAAGGCAAGUAAGAUGCAACAUGUUAGAAGAUAGGAAGUGGAUAGAGAAUUUUUCUGCCUGUCUGAUAACACUAGAACUCCUGGACAUCCAAUUAAACUGGAUGUUGGAAGAUUCAGGACAGUACUUCUUUAUGUAGAGCAUAGUUAAGCUAUGGAGCUGGCUCACACAGAAGCAGUGAUGGCCACCAACUUGGAUGGCUUUAAAAGAGGAUUGGACCAGUUAAUGGAGAAGGCUAUAAAUGGGUGUUAGUGAUGGUGGUAUGCUUUGUCUCUACUGUCAGAGAAAGUAAUGCUUCUGAAUAUCAGUUGCUUGAAACCACAGGAGAGGAGAGUAUUCUUGUGCUCAAACCUGUCUUGUGCGAUUCUCAUAAUAAUAAUAAUAAUUUUUAUUUAUACCCCGCCCUCCCCAGCCAAGGCCGGGCUCAGAGCGGCUUACAAGCAAUAAUAAAAACAAGUUGAAUGAUUACAACUUAAAAACAAAAUUAAAAUACAACAUUAAAAUAUUAAAAUGUAGCCUCAUCGCAGGAGGAGAAGGAAAGGGAAAAAGAAAGAGAGGGAGGGAAUCAAAUUGGCUCCAAGCCAAAGGCCAGGCGGAACAACUCUGUCUUACAGGCCCUGCGGAAAGAAAUCAGAUCCUGCAGGGCCCUGGUCUCAUGAGGCAGAGCGUUCCACCAGGCCGGAGCCAGAGUUGAAAAGGCCCUGGCUCUGGUUGAAGCCAAUCUAACUUCCUUAGGGCCCGGGACCACUAGGGUGUUGCUAUUUAUGGACCUUGAGGCUCUCUGUGGGGCAUACCGGGAGAGGCGGUCCCGUAGGUACGAGGGACAUCUAGUUGGCCACUCUGAGAACAGGAUUCUGGACAAGAUGGGUCAUUGGCCUCAUCCAGUAGGCUCCUCUUAUGUUCUUAGCUGUCCCAUUGUCAAGUAAGAUUUAGCUACCAGUCUAGUCAGCUUCUGCCUGCACGGCGCCCUCUUCUGCUUGCCUCCAGCAGCAAAAUGUCUUGGGCCAUCCGUGGCUCAGAGCAUCCUUCCCACAAAUGCCAGUCUCUCAAAUAUGUCUCUUCUCCACACAGGAAGGGCCAUAGCACUAUUAUCAAGGAGCUGAGGGACUCCCUGGAUUCCAAGCCAGGAGCUAUUGUGCUCGCCGUGGGCGGAGGUGGGCUGCUGUGUGGGGUGGUGUCUGGUCUGCAAGAGGUGGGCUGGCAGGAUGUGCCCGUCAUUGCCGUGGAGACAAGAGGUGCUGACAGCUACAACGCAGCCCUCAAAGCAGGACGGCUCGUCACUCUGCCUGACAUAACCAGGUGAGUUGUGUGCAUUGGAGAUGGCAGCAACCCCAGCUUGAAGGAAAGAGUGUCGGUGUUGAGACGAAAUGUUCUCCUUCUUUCUUCUCCUCCCUUAAAAAAAAUAGUGUUUGGAACCUGAAAACUUCAGGGUUAUCCUGAGCAUGCUGGUGCUUCCUUCUUGUCCCCCGGGGUCCCUGUUUUGGGUUCACCUGUUAGCACUCCCCACCUGAGUUUGCCAUUAAAGGGACUUCUCCGCCUCACUUCAUAGAAUCAGAGAGUUGGAAGGGUCCCUGAGGAUCAUCUAGUCUAGCCCCCUGCAAUGCAGGAAUAUGCAGCUGUCCUGUACAGGGAUCGAACCUGAAACCUUUGCAUUCUCAGCACCAUGCUCUAACCAACUGAGCUAUCUAAGCUAAUCUUCCUCCUCCUAUUUUUCUAGCUGUGGUACAAAAUGUAGAGCUGGUUCCAAUAAGGACCUGGGUCUCUUCAGUGCCUCAAUGGAGACCUCCUGGAAACCCUUGUUAAUACUGUCUAGAGUUCCAUCCUGGAAAAGGGUUGUUUGUUUGUUUCUAGCAUCCAUACCCAACUUUUCAGCCAAAAAGUCUCCCAGAAUGUAGAAUCACAGAGCUGUAAAGUUGGAAGGGACCACAUGGGUCAUCUAGUCCAACCCCCUGCAAUGCAGGAAUCUUUUGCCCAAUGUGGGGCUCGAAUCCAUGAUCCUGAGUUUAAGAGUCUUGUGCUCUACCAACUGAGCUGUAUGACAAUCAGUUAAAAUGAGACAGCUCUCUCUGCCCACAAGCUUACAAUUAAAACAACAACAACCCACGUCACACAAGGGGAAAGGGGCAGGGUGUGUGGAGAGGGGGCUGGAAUCAAACUUGGGCAACAAUUCUUGAGCAGUUGUUAUAAUGCAUGCGUAGGCAAAGUAAGGCCCGGGGGACGGAUCCGGCCCAAUCGCCUUCUCAGUAUAGCCCAUGGAUGGUCCAGGAAUCAGCGUGUUUUUACAUUAGUAGAAUGUGUCCUUUUAUUUAAAGUGCAUCUCUGGGUUAUUUGUGGGGCCUGCCUGGUGUUUUUACAGGAGUAGAAUGUGUGCUUUUAUUUAAAAUGCAUCUCUGGGUUAUUUGUGGGGCAUAGGAAUUCGUUCAUUCUUAUUUUUUCAAAAUAUAAUCUGGCCCACCACAUGGUCUGAGGGACAGUGGACCGGCCCCCUGCUGAAAAAGUUUGCUGACCCCUGUUAUAAUGAGCAGCUGGUGCAGUUCAGGGGCAGGAGGUACCCGAUGCAGCUGGUCUUUUAGUGAAGCUGAUAGGAUGAGCCCCACUUCCCACCUCUCCCACUGAGGCAGCCUGAUGGAAUGCCUGCCCGCAGCUGGCAGCUGAGGGGAUCGGAGUCCCAGUGGAGCUGGUCUAUCACAUCACAUCACAUCACAGUUGAUGAUGACGAUGGUGGUGAUGGCAAUGAUUUGUACACCACUCAUACGUAGGUCUCAGGAUGGUUACAACGUAAAAUCACAAUAUAAAAACACAAAACACAUAAUCAAAACAGAAACAAAAACAACCCAAUAACCCCUCACUAACACAUUUUUAAAGGACAUUGGAUGCUAAUCAACCAAAGAGGAACAUUUUUGCCUGGAAGGCCCCUAAAGUUGUAUAAUGAAGGUGCCAGGCAGACUUCCCUGGGGAGAGCAUUCCACAAAGGGGUAGCCACUGCAGAAAAGGCCCCGUUCUCGUGUUGCCACACUCUGGACCUCUCAUGGAGGCGGCACAUGAGGAUGGGCUUCAGAAGAUGAUCUCAGGGUCUGGGUAGUUUUUAUUAAAGUUUCUUUGUGAUACAAUACGUACAAACAAAUAAACAAGGGAAAGUACAUAUUGCAUCUCCACUUUCAUUCAUAGAGUCUCUCUCCCCCCCCCCCGACUAACUCAUGACUCCUACCCUCCCGCCUUCCCUGGGCAUGGGUGCAAACUUACCUUGCUCUUUACUGUCCAUUCUGCAGUGUGGCCAUGUGCCUGGGGGCCAAGACAGUGGCACAGAGGGCUCUGGAUUGUGCCUGCGAGUGUUGCAUCAUCUCUCAUGUGCUAGAUGAUGUGGAAGCGGUGAAAGCCAUCGAGCAGUUCCUGGGUGAGUUUUCAAGGGUGUUGCAGACAGUGAUUCCCCCCCCCCCCCCGUGGUUCUGAUGAAAGUUGCCACCCCAGACAAUUCAUAUUAACUUUAUUUUAUUUUUAAAUCACUGACCACACUUGCACGCUCCACAUUUAAUGCAAUGCUAACCCUGAAACACUGGAAGCAUAGAGCUGUGGUGAAGGCAGGCAACUGGUAGGCAGACAGCUCCCUCUAGUGGCUUGUAGGAGCUCUCGUUUUAUACCGCAUCAGACAAUCUGUCAGUAGAGAUCAUAGAGAUAAUUCAUAGGUUCCCAAACCUUUUCGGGCCACUGUCCCUUUGCUUUCAUAAACUCAUCCCCAGUGCCCCCAACUUUUCCCUACAAAAAGGCAUUAUUCAGAAUAGAAUUAGUGGAUAGAGCAAUAAAUAAAACCAACUAACAGAUCCUUCUGGGAUUUGGGAUCAGGGCAGCUGGUCAGGAGCUGCUUCUGCUAUUUAUUUGGCUUUUCAGAUUAAAAUUUUACAGUCACAUAUUCAACAUACAACACAGAAACAAGAUUCCAAGGAAUCUCCUGGACUUCCUUCCUCCCCUUUGUGAGUCCUAUUGUUAAUCAUUUCCUCCUGCAUCUUUUAUGAUAAUCCAAAUCUUUUACCUCUCCAUUGUGUCCAAAAUUCACCAUUAAACUACAAGUGUCAGUUCAAUCCUACUAACGAUUUUAACAGUUUAUGAUGGUUUUUAAGAAAAUUUUUUCCCAUUCCUUAUUAAAAUUUUGGUCUUCCUGGUUUCUGAUUCUUCCGGUCAUUUUAGCCAUUUCAGCAUACUCCAUUAACUUCAUCUGCUUUUCUUCUCUGGAAGGGAGUUUAUCUUCUUUCCAUCUCUGGGCCAAUAACAUCCAUGCAGCUGUGGUCACAUACAUAAAUAGUCUUUUCUACUCCCGUGGGAUUUUGGCACCUAGUAUUCCUUCAGGUUUUUUUUUUUUAUAGAAAAGGUUAUUUUAAACAUUUUUUCCAACCCAUUAUACAGUCAUACCUCAAGUUGAAUGUGCUUCGGGUUGAGUGCGUUCAAGUUGCGCUCCGCGGCAACCCGGAAGUAACAGAGCGCGUUACUUUUAGGUUUGGCCGCUCACGCAUGUGCAGACACUCAAAAUGACGUUACGCGCAUGUGCGGAAGCGGCGAAAUGUGACGCGCUGUCUUGUGUUCCAUUCGCGAUGCGAACGGGGCUCUGGAAUGGAUCCCGUUCACAUCCCGAGGUACCACUGUAUAUCAUUUCCAAAAAUUCUUACAUUUCCACACGUAUGCUAAAAGGUGCCUUCUUUUUCCUUACUCUACCAGCAUACAUUUGACCUUGUUUUAUACAUUUUUUGCUGAUUUACUGGGAGUUAAAUAUCAACGAUACAUCAUUUUCACUUGCUCCCUUAUUUCUCACCCCUUUCCAGAUGACGAGCGCAUGUUGGUGGAGCCUGCCUGUGCUGCCACCCUGGCGUUCCUGUACUCAGGCUACCUCCAGCAGCUGCAGGAAGAGGGGCGGCUGAGCCGGCAACUGGACUCCAUUGUCGUUAUUGUCUGCGGUGGGAGUGCCAUCCACACCAAGGAGCUCCGGGCCUUGAAGAACAAGCUGGGGAUGGAGUGAAGGAGGGCAGGUCUUGACAUGCUGGCAAAUGAACAUAUCGCUGGCCAGGAUAUUUUUUUAGUGCGCUUAGAGCAGGGGUAGGGAAGCUUUUCCAGCCUGAGGGCCACCUUUCCUUCUGGGUAGCCUCCCAGGGGGUACGUGGCAGUGGUGGUGGCAGAGUCAAAAUCGGGGAGAGCAAGGGAUGCAAACUUUCCCUUUGCACAGGGAGCUAUUUUCUACACACACACACACACACACACACACACACACACACACCCUCUAUCCUACAUCCAGGCAGGCAGGCAAAAGGCAUUGUUGUUGUUUAGUUGUUUAGUCAUGUCCAACUUUUCGUGACCCCCUGGACCAGAGCACGCCAGGCACUCCUGUCUUCCACUGCCUCCUGCAGCUUGGUCAAACUCAUGCUGGUAGCUUUGAGAACACUGUCCAACCAAAUGCAUUUUCCACCCAUGCCAAGUAUAUUGGGUGGUGGUCUUCCCUCUCCCAGAGCUCCCUAGAGUUCCCUGUGAAGCAGGAUUUGUUUGUACAACCACACAAAGCAAUAGAAGUCUUCGCACAAUUCUUGGCAUCCUUAACAAACUACAGUUCCCAUUAUCCUUUAGGGGUGGGGAAGCCCUGACUGUUUAAAGCAGUAUGGUCCUGCCAUUAUAUGUAUAGUGCAGACAAGCCUCUUGGGCUUGCUGAUAGGAAGGUCGGUGGUUUGAAUCCCUGCGAUGGGGUGAGCUCCCAUUGCUCUGUCUCAGCUCCUGCCAACCUAGCAGUUCGAAAGCACGUCAAAGUGCAAGUAGAUAAAUAGGUAACUCUGUGGCAGGAAGAUAAACGGCGUUUCCGUGCGCUCUGGCACUCGUCACAGUCCUCCGUGUGCCAGUAGCAGUUUAGUCAUGCUGGCCGCAUGACCUGGAAAACUGUCUGUGGACAAAAGCCGGCUGCCUUGGCCUGAAGCGAGAUGAGUGCCGCAACCAUAGCUGUCAACCUUCCCUUUUUUUUUUUGCGGGAAAUUCCCUUAUUCCAGCGCCGUUUCUCGCUGCUUCCUGCUGUUAUCCCGGAUUGUUAGAUAUCCCGUAGACUGUCCCCAGGAAAGGUGGGGCUGCUGAUCCCUUAUUUUCAAGGCUGCUGAUCCCUUAUUUUCAGAUCUGAAAGUUGACAGCUAUGGCUGCAACCCCAUAGUCGCCUUUGAGUGGACUUAACUGUCCUGGGGUCCUUUACCUUUUACCUUUACCUUUAGUGCAGGCUCCUGAGAGGCAAAAUGUACAAGCACCAUUCUUUUCAAUUCUCUGUGUAGGUGAGAAAUCAGUCAGCUCCCCUCUUUCAGUGUUGUAAGUCCCCCACUACUUACCCCACCAUAAAUCUUCCCAAGGACGCCCACGAAUGACUCAAAAUGGCAGAUAUUGGCUAAACGUUGGGGGAGGGCUUCUUUAACAGUAGGAACUGUGCAGCAGGAUAACAGCCUGCCUCAAGAGCAGGGGUCAGCAAACUUUUUCAGCAGGGGGCCGGUCCACUGUCCCUCAGACCUUGUUGGGGGCCAGACUAUAUUUGGGGGGGGGACAGAUUCCUAUGCCUCACAAAUAACCCAGACAUGCAUUUUAAAUAAAAACACACAUUCUACUCAUGUAAAAACACCAGGCAGGCUCCACAAAUAACCCAGAGAUGCAUUUGAAAUAAAAGGACACAUUCUGCUCAUGUAAAAACAUGCUGAUUCCUGGACCGUCUGCGGGCCGGAUUUAGAAGGUGAUUGGGCCAGAUCCGGCCCGUGGGCCUUAGUUUGCCUACCCAUGCUCAAGAGGCUGGGAAGCAAUCUGUUAGAGUUGCUGUUGUGGCUUUUUGCAUCACAGACCCUGCAUUGGGCUGGUGUGUGUGUGGACCAGCUCACCGCAGGGCUCCCUUCCAUCUUGACAAUUAUUUCAUAAGUAUAUGAUUCCAGUGACUUGCCUCGCAGGGUUAGGGUGAGGAUGAAGAAGGUGACCAGAUGUUGUAGAAACCAUUGCUGCAAAUAAAAGCCAGCUACUUCUAAUCUGUCCUGCAUGGGACCUUUUUUGGGGGGCAGGGGUGUAAAAAUUUCUUUUUGCAUGGUUUGAACAGGG